AUGUCGCUGUUUAGCCAACGUUUGCUUUGUUUUUCUUCAAUUCCUGCUACUUCCCUUUAUACGAUGAAUCGUAUUUCAGGCAGUUUCGAAGAACUGCAUCGUAAAUGUCGUGAUGUCUUUCCAAUGUGUUUCGAGGGUGCUAAGGUCAUGGUGACAAAAGGGCUCAGCUCACACUUUCAGGUUUCUCAUACGUUGUCGAUUUCUCCAACGAAUACAGGGUAUCGAUUUGGUGCCACAUACGUGGGCACCAAAGUAGCUGGACCACAAGAACAGUAUCCAAUCUUUUUAGGAGACACUGAUGUCUCAGGCAAUACUACAGCAACAGUUUUACAUCAGUUCGGGGACAACUAUCGUUUACGUGUACAAGCUCAGGUGCAGCAAAACAAAAUUGUUGGAGCCCAAGGAGGCCUUGAAAGAAGAGGUCGCCUGACUACGUUUGGUUUAACAUUUGCAAACACCGAUCUCGUAAACGAGAGCGGUGUAAUUGUUGGUCAAAUGUUACGGAAGUUGACAAACAGACUUGACGUCGGCGCUGAAAUUCUUUACCAGUACGGAAAACAAAUCCCAGGCCAACAAGUGUCUAUGUUGUCGUAUGGAGCACGUUAUACUACGCCGGUAUGGACAGCUGCUGCUACACUCGGUUCUUCAGGCGCUCAUUUUACUUAUUAUCACAAGCAGGCUGAAAAUCUUGCAUUCGGUGUAGAAUUCGAAAGCAAUUCGAAUGUUGGAGAGGCGGUUGGGACAUUUGCAUAUGUGGCUGAACUACCUGACGAAGGCGUAACCAUGAGAGCCAGCAUCGAUACGAACUGGUCGGUUGGUGGCGUUUUCGAGAAACGUUUAAGUCAACAACUACCUUUCACACUUGCGCUUUCUGGAAUCUUCAAUCAUGCAAAGGUAAUUCCUCAUUUUUUUUNUUUUUUUUGCUAUUGA